AUGUUGGGAAACCAUAUGCUGUAUGAAACCCAAUAUUUUGGUUUCAUGCCACAGACGUUCAUUCUAUGGAUCAACACCAUUUUCCAGGACCACCUCUCUUGCAUUAUGCUGAUCUUGCAGGAGGCCAUGCUGAACAAAACGCAGACUGCCCAGAGGAGUAUCACCCCGUCGCUCAGCUAGAGAGGGACAGAGCAGUUCUUCUCCUUCAUAAAUGUGCGUUUUGAAAACCUCUUGGCCCAAAUGGAAGAGACCCUCCUGAGUACAGUGCUGAGCAUGCCAGAGAACUUCCUGCUCCCAGAAAGCAGAGCCCAGGAGGACUUCAGCUAUUCGGAGGAAGAUUUUCAAGAGCUUCAGGAGGCGGUUGCCUGGCUGGAUGAGAGGCUCAGGGUUGAAACUCAAGCCAAGGAGGCCCUGCAGGCUGAGCUGCAGGAGCAGAAGCCUGUCCAGGUGUACAUGGAGAGGAUGCUCCAAUGGUCUGACAGCCUUGAACAAGCCAAGAGGAAACAAGGGGGUGGCCACCUCCAAGUAGCACUAAAAGCCUUGACCAAGACAACUGCCAGGCUGCAAAACAUAGUGCGAAAGUGGAGCAGAAAAUUGACCUGUUGGAGAAACUAUCUGCAGCUCAACAUCAAGACUUCUUCUUUGGAGAUUGUUGCAUGA